GUAGCAGCUGUCGACCGGGGGGAGGGGGAUAGGCAUCUGAGAUGCUGCCGGCCACGUGCACUAAGAGACCGAUUAGAAAAGAGACAGCUGCCGUAGCUCGACCUACUCACUCGAUUCUCCAUCUUAAACCGACGUCUUGGCAGUAGCUCUCCACACUCGCGCGUCUGUUAAGGUGUCAGUAGCAUCUCUGCGGAAGCACUCCUGUUUAGUCAGUCCAACGAGUUGCCUCUAAGGCUCCACAUCUCACCGUCUUACCUCUCGUUGUACCUAACAUUAACGGAUAUAUCUGCUUGACAUGUCAUUGCUUCCCUCAUUCGUUUUCUGGAAGUGAAAGAGACCAUCUAUCUGUGAAAAAUCGUUUUGCUCAGCAAUCGUUCCUGGUGGAUCUAAAAUUUAUGAAGUAUGUGCAUGGUGAUUUCGAAUCAAUAUCAACAACUACAAUUUUCAUAGAUAGAUAUAUUGAGGUUCAUCGAAUACUUCUUUGUGCUUUUCAUUAACUUUUCUGAACUCGUAUACGCAACUGAUCGUCUACUUGAAUUUUUAUUUUGAAAUCAGAUAUUCUUAAAUUGCAAUAGGACUAAAUAUUUAGCCAUGAUUUUAUUAUUGGUCAGCUUUCUGACAACCUUAAGUGUGCAAGCACAGAGCGAAAACUUUGAAAUAGCGCAGUUUGGGAAAAUUAUCAAAGAACUGCAAACGGAGAUGAUUGAAUUAAGAAAAAUUCGUCAGGAGGACAGUGAGACUAUUCGGAACUUGCAAGAGAAAAUGUAUCAAUAUGUGAAAGAUUCUUCAUCUAAUUUACUGUCUGAUGUUAAUAAAGAAUCACCAUUAUCUGCAAAAAACGUGGUGGCAAUGAACCGGGACUCGAUUCGUGUGGAUAAUAGUAAUUUGCAAAUGAGUAGUCUGAGACAUCAGUUUGAAAAUGUGCAAUCACAGAUGACCACAGAAAGAAUUAGAAUAGAUUUUAGAACCGAAACUGACUUUCUUCAUCAGGAAUUAUUGAGACUUAGUAAACAGGUAGAUGACAUUAAAGUUCAGAGUGCGAAAGAUACAUCAUCGCUUCCUGGUCGCGUUGCUGUCAGAUGGCUGCAAGGAACUGUAGAAGGUUUGAGACAUGAAAUGAAAGAGAUGGCGUCUACUUUGAAUACAAGUGCAACUUUGGCUGAAAAACAAAGGAUUAUGACGAAUUUUGAUUUACUACGAUCCGAUAUUGUUGCUCUUGGUCAUCGCAUGGACAGCGGACGAGUCAGUCGAGAAAGAAACACAGCUGUUAUCAAGCAACUUCGCCAAGAUGUCGACGAAAUCCGCCAAAGAUUACAAGAAUCUGCAAUGGGGCAACAAAAACUUCUUGUAGAGGUAGAUGCAUUGAAAGAAGAACUACGAGAACAAGUGAUGAUGUUUAAAAAGAAAAUUCCUAUGUCUAAUGGAGCUGACCAUUUGAGAAGAAGUUUUCGAUCACACGAAGAAGGCGACAGAGAACACCCUAGAUUUCGACAUAGCCAUUGGAAAGUUGAAGUUGAAAACCUGCAAGACUCUGUCAAUAAUUUAGAAUACUCUCAAAUGGACUUAAACAAACAGAUGCAAGUGAUUCUGAAUAAUCAAGCUUCAUCUGUUUUAAAACUGAAUGCGAUGGAAAAAGCCCUGAAUGAAAAAGAACCUAUGAAUGAAGACCAAAAGACAACAAACGAAAGACUAAAUCUUCUUGAGAGUGUAGUGAAUAAAACUGAACGACAAACUCGAGAUAUUCAACUGCGUGUGAACAAUAUCACUACUUCGGGUAUAACUAAACUUCAUGGCUCAACAAUGCAACUUUUCAACGCUCUGGAAAGAUUAGAAAGCAAAUAUGACAAAGCUACUGAUGAUAUUCGAAAAGAAAUAUCUAAACUGGAUUACAAUUUAUCGCAAACCCAGUCUGAUUUGGAAGAAUUACGUGAUAGAGAGAUUUCAUCUGAACAGGUUGUUUCGAAUAUGAAGAACGAUAUAUCCACUGUUCAGUCGGAUUUGAAAAGCAAUCAUUUGCGAAUUCUGCUGGUCCAGAAUGCUGUACUGAAUCGGACAUUACCAGGCAAUCAACAUAGGAUACAAACCCAAGACGCCAGAAUAUCUGCUUUAGAGUCUCAGAUUCAGUCUCUGCUCGACAAUGUGGAUUCCGAGAAGAUGGAAAUUGAAGCUUUGCAUCGUCAAGUCAUCGAAAAAGCUGAUGAUAAGGAUCUGAACAGAUGGGAACGAACUCAGCGAAAAGUUCGAGAAAGUAUCCUGCAAUUCAAGGAAGACAUCCCUCGAAUAAAGCGAAAUCAAGAUAAAAUAGAGAAAGAACUUGAGAAAUUUAUUACACAGUUACCCCGAGAUUGCUCACAGAAUUCUACAUUGGAGAGUAUACAGGAACGUAAAAGUGGUACUUAUUUGAUUCGUCACCCUGUCGCUCAUUCGCAAACUUCAACCAUCAAAGUAUUCUGCGACAUGGAAACUUCCGGCGGCCAUUGGACUCUUAUUCAACGUAGAUCAAAAGGAGAUCAAGAUUUCAAUAGAAAUUGGGAUCACUAUAAAAAUGGUUUUGGUGAUGUAUCUUCUGGCGACUUUUGGCUGGGAAAUGAAAUUCUCCAUCUCUUGACCACAGACGAUGAUUACAUCUUACGCAUAGAUCUAUGGGACUCUGAAGGAAAAUAUAAGUAUGCCGAAUAUAAUACUUUUGAAGUGCUAGCAGAAAAAGAUAAUUAUAGGUUGGCAUUAGCAGGUUAUUCUGGCAAUGCUAGCGAUGCUAUGAGCUAUCACAAUGGCAUGGCUUUUAGCACCCCUGAUAGAGACCAUGACGCAAGUUUAGCUACUCAUUGUGCUGAAUUCUACCAUAGUGGCUGGUGGUACAAUCAUUGCCAGUAUGUUAAUAUUAAUGGCCGUUACAGCACUGGAGUGACGUGGUAUGACAUCGAUGGCCAAGAGUGGUCGGAAAUGACCAGAGUUGAAAUGAAGAUCAGACCACGGACUUCUAUUUCAAAAUCAACGUAAACACAGUAAAGGAUUGCAAACGAUUGCCUAGUUUCAUUAUUCUAGUCGAUAUCAAAUCUAGCUCUUGAUGGAAAUAUACGUACAGGGUGCUGAAAUUUCUUAAAAAUACUGAUGAACAUUUCUAAAACAGGAAUGCGAACACAGAAUUUCAAAUUCUGAAACUUUAAAUGCUAAUGUACUGGAAAAUACGUAGCUUUAUACUCAAGGAAAAAAAAAACAGUAGUCACAAAAGAAUUAAUAUAUUUGACUUUUAUAUUGCUAUUUAAGAACAAUUAUUUAUUUAUGAAUUUUGUAUAUAAAAUAUUGUGUGAAAUAUAUCAGUUUGUUUUCUUUUUGUUCAUAUGUAUUUAUGUUGUAAAAAUUUGCUGAAACUGAUUAUAUGUUUGCUUAUACAGACCUUUACAUUGAAAGUAUUAUUUCAUAACUAAGUAUUUAGUACGUUUGAAUGUUUCAUAACUCAUACGCUGU